CCCGGAAAAUGGAUGUGGCCAUGUAGUUCCAGGCAGGCUGUAAAAUGGAUGUACGCGCCGCUAGUGUACGGCCUAGUAAAUGCGUCGUACGAAAAACGGCAGCGUGGCCCCUGUCAGAUUUCUCUCUGACGAUAUGUAACCUAAUCUAAUCUCAAAAUAGAUGUAAUGAUAGAAAUGAAAGUUACUGUUUUGUAGAUCUGAACAAAGUUUAUAAAACGGAUAAUUGAUAUCUACUAACGAAUAUCGUUGCUGUUCAUUAUGAUAUUGUUGUUUUAAUAUUGUGUGUUUCUAUUUUGUAAGAACUUGGAAAUUUCAAGAAAACAGCUAUUCUUCAUCACAAUAAACAAUGGCAUCGCCUAAACCGUUAGAAAGUCAGACAUGGGAACCGCACCGGCUUACUCAUUUAAAUCCAUCUUUUGAUGAUCAUGAGGUAACUCUUGCAAGCCGCAUGGAUUUAUGGCAUAAAUUCAUCAUUUUCGACGGCGCUUUGCAUCCGCGAACUGAUGUCUUACGCGCUGUAAUAACUGCCUGUGAUCCGGCGAUUGUGAUACCAAUUAUGUAUACCGUCGAGAAAAAUAAUAAAAGUACGUUUUUAGCAAAGUGCGGCAGCAAUGCUAUAGACAAUAUAAUAGCGCAGGGACUGUGCAUAACAUUGCAUGGUGGACAGGAACUACAUCUGGAUAUUGUGUUGGGAUUUCUCAGCACGGAAGAGUUGCAAGUGAAUACAAAUAGAGUCAUAGCUCAAGCAUUGCACGCCAGAUAUGAACCAGUGAAAAAGAUAUUCAAUCUCGAUGACUUUGAAAACGAGAAGGCACUGGGUUCAAUAUUCUGUCCUAUAUCUAUACCAAAGAUCUUUGACCUAGUCUUACGUUGCAGCAAAUUAGGAAUUAUGGGCAACAGUCGUGAGUCCCAGCAAACACGGUUGCCCGUUCGUGAGUUGAGUUUGAAGUACAACAAGCUCACAGCCAUCAUAUUAUUUGACAAAUUUUUCAAUUAUCAUCUGACCAAACUGGAUUUAAGACACAAUCAAAUCCUGGAUGUGGAAUAUCUACGUUAUUUUCACGAGUUCAAAAUAAGCGAACUUUGGUUGGAUGGAAAUCCAUUGUGUGACAAGUAUAGUACUUCUCAGGACUACAUACAGGCCGUGAAAAAUAUAUUUCCACAUCUACAAAAAUUAGAUGGGAUUGUCAUAGGAAUGGAGAAAAAGUUUGUGCCAAGUAUACAGAAUAAUUAUCUCGGCAAUGGAACAAAGAUUUCUUUGAUAAAGCAAUUUGUCAAGCACUUUUUUGCACUGUAUGAUCAAGAGGAUAGAAUAGUUAUGCAUGGUCUAUAUGACAAAAAUGCGUUCUAUUCCAUGACAUUAGGUACUACUAUGAAUCAUGCAAAUAAAGAGAUUGUCAAAACAUUUUCUACAAACAGGAAUUUAUUAAAAUUUGCUGAUUAUGCUAAGUGUCAUGAUUUUCUUUUUUGUGGACCUGAGAAGAUAAUCACCGCUCUCCAACGACAACCACCAACGUCACAUGAUUUCAAAACAUUUCAUAUUGAUUUGUUGGAUGAAGGAGAUAAUUACAUAGCCAUUUCCAUUCAAGGAUUAUUUGCGUAUCGGAUAUCACAAUGCCAACCUAUGUUCUUCAACCGAACUUUUAUUAUUAUACGAAAAGAAGACAAUGAACAUACCAUUGUAAAUGAUCAAUACUAUAUUGAUGGUAUACCUUCCCACAUGACUAAUGAAAUAAAAUUUGAACUGAAACCUGUGCCCAAGUUCACUCCAACAGUACUCAGUGUAUCGGAAAAGGAGCAAUUACUUAGAUUUUUACGCGAAAUUACAAAAAUGAAUAUUCGAUAUUGCUACAAGUAUCUGCAGGAAGCAGAAUGGAAUAUAAGAAACGCAAUAAAUAUAUUUACGAAGAGAUAUACAGUUAACGAUAUUCCUCCAGAAGCUUUUCAAUAAAUGUAUAAUUACAAUGGACUGACAAUGAUAUAAAAAUAUAUAGUUUUGUAAACAUGUGUAAGUUUGUA